UUAAAGUUUUUGCCUUGUUGGCUUUCGUGUGCAAAAGAUCUUUGAUUAGAUCCAAAUCUUGUUCAUCACGACCCACUUCGCGUCACACUAAGUUUUAUUACGUGUCUGGGGAUGAUCGGGAUCGAGGUCAAAGAUCAUCAUGGAUCGCAGAGAGGAAAUGCCGAAUUGGAAUAGCUAACUAGUUCGUUGUCACCAACCCUUUUGGGUCAGUAGUUUUUAUAGCCCCUGAUAUUAAUGCUUUUUUACUUAUGACAAUUUAUUAUGCUACAAAUUUCAAAACUAAGGCACUAUUUUUAUCUCUACAUUGAAGUAAUAAGAUUAGCAAAAGAUCUAGGUGAAUCGCGAAAAAAUCCUGUCUCAUGAUGGGUUCUUAUUCAAGAUGGCGUACCACUUCCCUCAGUUGGAACUGAAGGUAGCAUCAUUCAUUCGGGACGCCCAGAAAUCAAGGACUGUAACAGUUGAUUCCACCAGCAGCUGAGUUGGACUGUCUAUAGCCCUGUUGUACAGCGAGUUCUUUGUUCCUAGAGACGAUUUACAUCAUGUAACCGCUACUAUGGUACUGUCUCCCUCUGAUGUAUGUGUGAUGGUGGCCACAAGUAAAAGAAUUCGUGGGAUAACAUGGCAGUGAGAUGGACGUGAAAGAGGCUAAGCUUUCCUCGCUCCCUCAUCCUCAUCAUCAUCAUCACCACACAUCCGACAUACAAGUUCACUCUUCUGCUCAACACAGCCAUCAGAAUUCAGUGAGCACAGGUCCCCGCACGUUGAGCGUUACUCCAUAUUUGCCCCAUCUCGUUCACACUGGCAAACCCAUUCCUUACUUGGCUGACCUAGAGGUGAAUGGGAACUACACGGAGAACCCUGAGUUAAAAAUGCCGGGCCAUCAUAGCUGUAGGUGUGAGAUUGACGACGGUGUGACCGGGAGCUGCCCCGAACGUCUGGACCCGGACGCUCUAGAGAAUUUGGAGAAUAUCUCUGGGCUGCCGUAUGUCGUCACAGACGGAGCACUGAGGUCGUUGUCCUUUUGUCAGAAGUGCAGCAGCAAGCCUCAUCACGUCACGUUUCAGAUGGGUAACUCGUCAGAGGUGAUCAGCCAGAAGCGUGAGGUGGUAGGGGGAAGACACGCGGGUGGGAGCUACGAUGGGGGGCUGGAGAGGAUCCUGGAGGAUCAGGUGUACCAGACGGGGACAUCGGUUCCUGGUCAACCUCUCCCUUCUCACAUACUGGAGAGAAGCCUUUCCUAUUCUUGUGUGGAGAAAUCAAACAGCCAGGAGAUUAUGAGUGAUGCGUAUCACAUAUCACAGGCAGAGAAAGAUGUGGAAAGGACAGGUGCCAAUAGUGUUGGAAGUGGUACGGAAUUAUUGCAGAAUGUCAUGCAGAAUGAUGCGGCUGAUCAUCCCCAGAUAACUCUGACUUCAGAAGACUUGCCUGAUACAAAUAAAGAUGCUUCGGCAACGAGUGAAGCAAAUAGUGGGUCUGACGAAGAUUCGGGGGCAAAUUCCUCCCAGAAUGCUUCUGCUGGUGCUACUGGGACAGAUUUGGAGCAAUUAUCAGACACAAAAGCUGCUCAAGGUAUCGAAAAGUCGUCUCAUCCAAGACCUUUGGACUCUCGCUCGCUCUGUCUUCCACUGCCAUUCCGAUUCCUCAGGAACUCGGGUUCCUCAUCUAAAGAUAGAAAUCUCAGUGACAAGCCCCCAGCGGGUCCCACGCCCUCUCAGCGAGGCAAGGGUCGCCCUCCGCCUAGACAAUCUUGGCUGCUCAGACUCUUCGAGUCAAAGAUGUUUGACAUGAACAUUGCCAUUACAUAUUUGUACAAUUCUAAAGAACCAGGGGUGCAGACGUAUAUAGGAAAUCGAAUGUUCAGCUUUGAUGACCGAGAGGUUGACUUCUACCUGCCCCAACUGUUAAAUAUGUACAUUCACAUGCAUGAUGUUGCUGAGGCAAUUCACCCAUAUCUAGUCCAUAGGUGUCGUAACUCGAUAGAGUUCUCUGUCAACGCUGCCUGGUUGCUAAGUGCGUACGCCGCAGACACGCUCAAACCCAACUGGAAGAACUCCCAGGGCAUCAAGCUGAGGGACAUGAUACUGAACGAGGAGUUAAGGCCACAACCCCAAACGCUGAGUCCUGGAGCGGGCCCUCAACCCUCUCCCGGGCGCCACAUUCCCUCACACCGCCAGCGGACGACCUCAUCGUCGGCGGGAGCAGGAGACAUCGCAGGGGCCGGAAGUGGCUCCCCCACAGCUCUGGGGUUGUACCCCAUCCCAGGGGGCAGCACCCUCAGUCCGACGUCGGCCGCGCUGGCUCUCUUGACGACUACUCCGCAGCUGUGUCAGGCAACGGCCUCGUCGGUGGUGAAGAAAACUCACCAGAGGUCGCGAUCUGAUGCGACAGGUUUGCUGAUGAAGCAUAGCGAGACCCAGCCCAUUCUGGUGUCCAACGUGCUGGCUGUCGGGGACCUGUCGUCGGGCCGGGCGUUCGACAAUGGCUGUCAGUGCUACCAGAAGUCAGAGGCGGUGCUGAACGACCUGAAGGGCCGAGAAACGCUUUGCCAGUGCGAUGCUCCGAGAUUAUUACCCCAGGAAGAAUUCAUCAAAUCCUUGCUCAGCAUCGGCAAAAAGUUACAAGAGCUGCCUACCAAGGAACAUAGAACGGCUCAGCUGAUUGCAGAGCUAGCCUUGAUCAACCUGAACCUCCCAUCCCGCGUGUGGCUGCCCAUCUCACAUUUCCGCAAGCAUCACGUGGUUCGCAUCCCAAACACUCAAGCUGUUGUGCUCAACUCCAAGGAGAAGGCCCCGUUCAUGCUGUAUGUGGAAGUGCUGAAGUGCGACAACACCACCACUAGUCAGAUCCCUCACCGGAUCCUGGAAAACACGCUGCGCUUCACACGCUCAGAGGAGGACCUGACCCAGUUAGCCCCGCCCUCCACGGGCUCUCCGCGGCCAGAGUUCAGCGUCUACGGCUCAUGCCACGACUUUGAUGAUGCAGACUGCUGGUCGCAGGAGGAUGAUGACAUCAUAGCGCUGGCGAACCGCUGUCGAUCAAGCGACACGAUCUCCCAGCUGUCUACGGAGAGUUCUACCAGCGCAGACAGCAAGGAUCCCGUGUACAUCGCAGCUGGGGAUAUCAGACGCAGGCUGUCUGAAAACAUGGCAGCACCGAAAAAGAAGUUUGAGCGUGACCCAGAGGACCCAUCGGCUGCAGCACUGAAGGAGCCCUGGGAGGACAAAGUGGCCAGGAUCAAAGAGAGCUCUCCUUACGGACACAUGCCCAACUGGCAGCUCAUGUCGGUCAUCGUCAAAGUCGGAGACGACUUACGCCAGGAGCUACUGGUCUACCAGGUGCUGCAGAGACUCAAGAUGUACUGGAACCAGGAGCACGUCCCCCUGUGGAUCAAGCCCUACAAGAUUGUGGUCACGGCCCGGGACAGCGGCAUGAUUGAGCCAGUGGUGAACGCCGUGUCGCUGCACCAGAUUAAGAAGCACAGCAAGCUGUCGUUGCUGGACUACUUCAUCCACGAGUUUGGGCCUGUCACCAGCGAAGAGUUCCUUACGGCCCAGAAAAACUUUGUGCAGAGCUGUGCUGGUUACUGUCUCGUCUGCUACCUGCUGCAGCUAAAGGAUCGACACAACGGGAACAUUCUCUUGGACUCUGAGGGCCACAUCAUUCACAUAGACUUUGGCUUCAUCCUUUCCAACUCUCCUGGAAAAAACCUGGGCUUUGAGAACUCGCCAUUCAAACUCACCCACGAGUUUGUGGAGGUGAUGGGAGGCUUGGGCAGCGAUAUGUUUGAGUACUUCAAGAUCCUUAUGCUCCAGGGAUUUGUGGCCUCGCGGAAGCACAUGGACAAGAUUGUGCCCCUGGUGGAGAUUAUGCAGACAGGGUCCGAGCUUCCGUGCUUCAGCAAGGGCAUCAGCGCGGUGCGAGGGUUCAAGGACCGCUUCCACAUGGGCACCACGGAGGAGCAGCUUCACCUGAUAGUGGACGGCCUGGUGGAGGCCAGUCUGCACUCUCUCACCACCAAGCUCUACGACGGUUUCCAGUACAUCACCAACGGCAUCUUGUAGAAACUUCAUCACACCGUGUGUGUGUUUACGUGUGUUUGUGUGUAUGUGUGUGUGCGCAUGCAUGAGUGGAGGAGGGGGGCAGGUGUCACUUUUGAGUGACAGAAAAGUAUUGUCCUUUAGAGAAUUUGUGUUGAGUGCCUGCAAGUUUGGGGGGGGGGGGGGGCUCAUAUUUGAGUGAAGGAAAGAUGGUGUUAUGUGUGAUGUACCUGUGAUUUUUAUGAUGUAGUAGAUUUUAUCUUUUUUUUUUUUUUCAGAAAAAAAUCCUGGAAGGGGGGGGGGGGGGGGGGGGGGGGCACUUUUGAGUCAUGAAAAAGCGUGUUGUGUGUACUUUGUAAUUGAUUUUUAAAAUGUAGUAGGUGCUUUCUUUCUUUCACCUAAAAAACUUUGCUGUGGAUUUUGAUACGAAAUCUUCCUCUUAUUGUAUAAAAAGAAAAGUCUCUUGUCAGAUGUCAGAGAAGGCAGUUUUAUUGAUAGGUAAAGUGUGUAUAGUUGUGGGUGUUUUUAUGAAAUAGUUAAUAAAUACUCGCCCUUCAGAAAAUCUAAAAAUGAAUGUUUGUACUUUACUAAUGGUUUCUCAAUGUUUUUUUCACAGUAGUGCCCUUAUUUACGGGAAAUUACUGUCAUUUCCCACUAGUAAGGGCACCUUUAAAUUUGGUUGUGAAAGACAAGGGGGCCCAACAUUAUCAAACAAAAAUGGGUAGCUUACUUUCAUAAACAUCAGUGGAAAAAAUCUACAUUUGCUACCAGUAAAAUGUAGAGGGAGACCUGAAGCCUUUGAGCCCUGACCUCUUGAGGCUACCGUGCCCCUCUGCCUGAGCUCCUGAGCGAUAUAUUAGUUAUUACAAACAUCCAAAAGAUCAUCAGAAUCACUUUCCAUCUCCCACUCAGAGUAGUCUUGGUCAUUACCAGCAUUAAAUUCAGAAAGAUCUUCAAAAUAAUUAAUAACAUUCUGUGUAGUAAGCACUGUUUUUUGUGUGCAUUUUGUCCCAGGCUUAUCGGGUUGGAGAUGAGGUCUCGCUCACUGGUGUACCGGUGGCUAGGCAUACAAGCAGUUUCAAGCGCCACCGGUUUACCCGUGGCAAGGGCUCGAAGGGUUAACAGGAAAAAGGACGUCUACUUCUUCCAUUGGGCUAGAGCACUUACUGUACUGUUGACUUUGUUUUUAACUCUUCUCACACUGUGAACCAAUACAUGUGUAGAUGCACGUAGCUUCUGUUGCGGACCAAUAUCUGAUGCACCUUGUGAAGGGCCAAAUCUUUGUUUUGUCAUUGCCUUUUUUUGCUUGAUUUUAGUAUGUUUUCUGCUUUAGCCAAGCUGUGCUGAAUAGGGAUUGGUUCUUCCUGAGAGUUUGUGUAGCUGCUUGAAUUGUGUGGACAUCUGAAAAGUUCAGAUUCAAAAGGAUAAAAAAUAUCCGGGUGUAGGCCUGUUUGAACUCCCAGUACCCGAUAAUGAUUUGGUUCAGGUAGGGUUAACGAGGGACCGGCGGCAUUGUGACAUAGUGUUGUGUACAAGACACAAAUUGUAUAGUAUCAUACGAGUUUUACUCUGUGUAUAGUUUUUUUUUCAAACGUGAUGAGCUCUUACUAGAAUUUUUAUGAAAAAAUCUUGUAGCUGUGUGCUUUAUGAAAUUUUUCAUAUGAGAAUUUUUGGCUGCCAAGUCUUUGUAUACUCAGCGCAAUACUUGGUGGGUCUGUGUUAAUGUGGCAAAAGAAGACUAUAGAUUUGUACAGUUUGGGGGGGGGGGGGUGCGAAUGUGUUUUAUUCCACUAUUGAUCUUCUAGCGACCUUGAUUUAUGCUUUCAAAAACGACACGCUGGCCACCAUCCCACCUAUUUGUUUCAUCAACAGCAUGCCCUGCCAAUGAUCAAACAUAUGUCAAAUGUUUGUUGUUCUGGUCCAAAGCGGAAGGCUCCACCUUCCUUCAGCGCCACCUCUAUAUAUUGUACUUUGGCUGUGGGUGGAUCCUUCAGGCUUUGGGCCCCCUAGUGUUAUUUGUCGGUGCCUCCGAGUUUUGCUCAUAUUCUCUUCUUGUGCUUAGGUUGUGGAGGGAUCGUCUCCUACUAUGAUUGAUUACCUUGAUUUCUCUCCUGUGAGCUGCUGUUGAUUCACGUACCGGGUUAUCACAGGAGAUAUUUCACUUUGUCAGAACAUAAUUAUGUAAGCUGACAAAACGCCUUUUUUCAUUUUGGCACCCAACAUUUUUAUUUGCUUAAUUAAUCGAAAGCAUGAUCAGUUACCCUGUUUGUAUGAAAAAAUCAAAGUGAAACUGUGAUUAAUCUUAAAAUUAAUUAGAAUUCAAAUUUUGGAAGCACUCUUUUUUUCAUUGGUUACGCUGACAACAACAAAAACUGUCUUGAAACUACUGUGAAUAAAAGAGGCGUUUUGUCAGCUUACGGCAGUCUUCUGUUUUAAUGGAAAACCUAGUACACGAGAUUGUGGGUUCAACCAACUGAUUGACAAAUUCAGCGUAGGCCGAAACACUCACAUUUUGCUGUCAUGAGUGGAUCGGCUACAUUCUUUGUUUAACUCUGUGUGUGUGAAUAGAGGGGAAAGGACAUGCAUGAAUUUAGCAAAAAUUCUAAGCGGUAGGAGUUGUGUACCUUAUUUAACAAAUAAAAUAAAUUUUAAAAAUUCA